UGUCAGUAUUUGAUGAUUUGGGAGUGAGAAUGUGUUGAUGUGAACAGUAAAAUAUGCAACAGCCCGGAGACGCUUAUCUUAUCUUAGCUUAGCUUAGCUUAGCUUAGCUUAGAUUGGUUUAGUUUUGCUAAACUUAACUGAGUUUAGCAUAGCCGAAAUCAUGGAAACAGGGUGAAACAGUUAGCCUGGCUCUGUCUCAGGUUAACUUAGGGUAAUUUAAUACAGAUUUUUCAACAUUUUAAAUAGCAGGCUUUAGAGGUGCUGCUGUGUUGUCAGCCUUUGACAGAACCAAGCUAGCUGUUUUUAACAAUCUUAAAGCAUCUUAAGUAAACUCAAAUUCAGGAACAUUAGGGAGAACUGGUCUAAUUUCAACGAGGAACGGCUUAUCAAGUAUCGUCCUGUUAACAUUUGGGUGGCGGCUCACGUAGGAAACUCAAGCUGCACGUCCACCAGGAGGACUGUUAUUCUCGGGCACACAGUUAAGUAUGAAUCACCGAAAAAUAUCAACAUGUCCUGGUUUAAAAACAACCUCAGUUUAAGCUGGACAGCUGCUGAGAAGCAUCCGGCUUUAGCUGAGGUCCUGUUCAGACGAGACGAACACCCCACAGAAUCAUGGGAAAAAAGAAUAAUUAAUACCUCCAGUGACACUUCUAUGUACAAGGUAAUUGUCGUGAAUCUGUUGAAGGAUUCAGCUUACCAGGUUCAAAUCAGACAUCGGUCCACUCAGGCUCGUAACCCACUGUGGAGCAACUGGUCAUCAGUUGUGACUGUUCCUGCAGAACUUGAACAAGAACCUGACGUCACCAUGACAAUAAGACAUUUAAAUGGUACUCGUAAGGUGAUGCUAACAUGGAAGCCAAUGCCUCAUGCAGCAGCAGUCAGAGGAGUGACGUACAGCCUGAGCGACACACAGUCUUCUCAAGGAUGUCCUUGUAAGAAAACGAGACAUCCCAUCAGCACGAAUCGAUACACUACUUAUGUCUCGCUCUCUGCCGUCAACAUCUCUGUUCUCGCCAGUAACACAGCUGGGUAUUCUCCUCCAGCAGUCAUAGAAGUACCAGCCAAACCUCCUGCAGAUUAUAAAAUUUGUGACAAAACGUUACUGGAUGAAAAAUCAAAUAAGCAAACUUGCCUUGAGUUUUAUGAGUUUCAAGAUGAAGAUCUGAGGCCAGCUCAUGUGAUCACUCUUCUGGGAAGAGAGAAGAAAAAAGAGAGUAAGCACAAAAGACAGAACAUAAUGGACUUCGUUCGCUACCUUUACUUUGAACACAGAUGUGAUGAUGGCAAACCCCAGACAGUUAAAACGUGCCUCUUUUAUCAAAAUGAGAGCGUUCCACGCAUCGAACCUCAGAACUUAAGAGCUUUUGGUGAAACACAAAGUUCUGCCAGCUUUUCUUGGACAGCUAUCCCCACUGCGGACCAGCGAGGUUUCCUUACACAUUACAUCCUCUGCAGUGAGAAAAUCAGCUCACAGGAUGAGCAGAAAGAGUGCCAUAAUGUAUCAGCCUCACUAACGGAGCACCGUCUGGAAAACUUGACGCCAGGAACGAAAUACAACAUCAGCCUGGUUGGAGUGACACGAGUGGGAGAAGGACCUAAAGCCACAGUAACUAUCAACAUACUGCCGGAGAAGCCAGUGAAUGUGUUGUGGAGUAUCAGCUUGCUGUUUAUUUUCUUUUUCCUCACAACAAUAUGCACCUGUGUCUUGAAGAGAAUCAAAAACAAGAUCUUCCCCCCUGUGCCAAAACCUGUUAUUCCAGAGUUCAUCCCUUAUCAAGCAACGUGUCAGGAGAUUCUGGAGAGAAAAGAGGAGACAGUGUAUGAGCUAACGCUGCUCCAGCUACAUCCAGAGGGCAAGUCAGUCCCUGAGGACACAGAGGAGACCACCAUCCUCACAAGAGAGUGGGAUGACGACACCGAUAAUGACUUGGAGGGCGAGAGGGGUGAUUCAAGGAUGUCAGGAGGAAUCAGUGAUGAGUGUUUGAGUCCUGGCUUGACGGAUGAGGCUCUGAAGAGCUCCAGAGAAGGAGAAAUAUCAGAACUUGAACAGCUAGACAACGAGAUUGCAAUGCUGAUAUACAGGAAUGGUUUGGUCUUUGAUGUGAAGACGGACUCGCCUUGAAAUGGAUUUGACUGAUUUUGCUGUCCACAGCACAAAAUUGCAUGAACAUAUUAAGGGUCAACAUAUUUGUUGACUUGUACUACAGACUGGACAAAUACUUUUCUUCUCAUUUUGAGCUUAAGUUUUCAACUUGAUGAAAAAGGAUCUGCACAAUUAUCUUGUUAUGAGCUUGACAUGAGAAAUGUUUGUUUAAUUUUCAUGUAUGUUAAAUUUUGCCAGUUACAUUGCUACCUCAGCAUGCCAGUAAACAAAGAGGAGGGUUUAUCACUCUCAGGCUUUGCCAGUGGAAGUUGUCAAUAAACUUUUGUUUGUGGUUAGCAAAUUCUGGUUCAGACCAUUAUGAUUUCUGCAAGAUUUAGGUGUUUCCAGGCAAAAAAAAUCGCAUCAACUAUUGAUUAGAUUACCAUGAAAUUUCACUCAGACACUGAUGGUCCCCACAGGAUAAAUCCUAAUGACUUCAAUGAUCCUCUGACUUUUCCUUUUGCACCACCAGCAGGUCAUAGUUUUACAAAUUGUGGAAUACUUUAAUAUCUAAUGGAUGAAGUUGCACAGCGUUUUGGAAAGACAUUCAUGGUCCUCAGAUGAUGAACCCUAAUGACUCUGGUGACCCUGUGACAUUUAUUAAUGUAGUGCUAGUGUGCGGUCUGUGUGGAGUAUGCAUUUUCUCCCUGUGUCAGCAUAGGUUUUCUCCGGGUACUCUGGUUUCCUGCUACAGUCUAAGGACAUGCAGGUUAGAUUAAUUGUCGACUCUAAAUUGGCCGUAGGUGUGAAUGUGAGUGUGAAUGGUUGUU